ACGCAUUCCGUCGCUAUCCUCUGUGUCGACUAUGAAGUGGUUUCUGUGGGUCGCUCUGGUCAUUAGCCUGGAUUUAUCCUCGGCCAACUCAAUUUCCAGCUAUAACCACUAUCGACUGCCGGCUGCCUUAAGACCACAAAAGUACUACUUGCGUAUCCUGACAGAGUUGAAAAACCCGGAUGAUCUGCGCUUCACCGGAAAUGUGCAAAUCGUCAUUAAAGCGCUGCAAAACACCAGGAACAUAACGCUGCACUCGAAGAACCUGACCAUCGAUGAGUCCCAGAUCACUCUGCGCCAGAUCGGCGGUGGGGGGAAAAAGGAUAACUGUGUGUCCUCCACAUCAGUCAAUCCCGCCCACGACUACUAUAUCCUCCACACCUGUGAGGAACUUUUGGCCGGCAAUGUAUACAUUCUGUGCCUUCCGUUCUCUGCCGAUCUAAACCGCCAGCUCGUGGGUUACUACCGCAGUUCCUACAAGGAUGCUGUGACCAACACGACACGCUGGCUCUCUGCCACCCAAUUCGAGCCAGCCGCCGCUCGAAAGGCAUUUCCCUGCUUCGAUGAGCCAGGCUUCAAGGCAUCCUUUGUGGUCACCUUGGGCUAUCACACCCAGUUCACAGGACUCAGCAACAUGCCCGUGAAGGAAAUCAAGCCGCACGAGACCCUUCCGAACUACAUAUGGUGCGAGUUCGAGGAGUCGGUGCCCAUGUCCACCUACCUGUUGGCCUAUUCGGUGAAUGAUUUCUCCUUCAAGCCGUCUACUCUGCCAAAUGGAGCCCUAUUCCGGACCUGGGCCAGGCCCAAUGCCAUCGAUCAGUGCGACUAUGCCGCGGAGUUCGGGCCCAAAGUGCUGCAAUACUACGAGCAGUUCUUCGGCAUCAAGUUCCCGCUGCCCAAGAUCGAUCAGAUUGCCUUGCCCGAUUUCAGCGCCGGUGCCAUGGAGAACUGGGGUCUGGUGACCUACAGGGAAACCACACUUCUCUACUCGCCCAACCACUCUUCACUGUCGGACCAACAGAACCUGGCGAAUGUAAUAGCCCAUGAGCUGGCCCAUCAAUGGUUCGGUAAUCUGGUGACGAUGAAGUGGUGGACCGACCUCUGGCUGAAUGAGGGAUUCGCCACCUAUGUGGCCGGCUUGGGAGUCCAGGAAAUCCAUCCGGACUGGCAAUCCCAGGAUAAGGGUAUUCUGACCGCUCUGAUCACCUCCUUCCGCCUGGAUUCACUCGUGAGCAGCCAUCCCAUAUCAAGGCCCAUUCAAAUGGUAGCGGAGAUCGAGGAAAGCUUCGAUGCAAUCUCUUACCAAAAGGGAUCCGCAGUGCUGCGCAUGAUGCACUUGUUCAUGGGCGAAGAGUCCUUCCGAUUGGGACUGAAGGAGUAUCUCAAGCUCUACACCUAUAAGAACGCCGAACAGGACAACCUCUGGGAGUCACUCACUUCAGCAGCCCAUCAGGUCGGAGCUCUUGCCGGGCACUACAACAUAAAGACCAUCAUGGACUCGUGGACUCUGCAAACCGGAUAUCCUGUGCUCAAUGUUACCCGUGACUACUCGGCUGGAACCGCUAGGCUCACCCAGGAACGAUACCUGCGCGAUUCCCAGAUACCCCGCUCCGAACGCGUUGGCUGCUGGUGGGUGCCAGUGAGCUACACCACCCAGGCGGAAAAGGACUUCAACGACACGGCGCCCAAGGCGUGGAUGGAGUGCAGCCAAACUGGCGAAAGUGUGCCUACGACCAUUGAUCUUCUACCAGGACCCGAAGAAUGGGUGAUCCUCAACAUUCAGCUGUCGACCCCUUACAAGGCCAACUAUGAUGCCAGAAACUGGCAGCUCUUGAUUGAUACUUUGAACAGCGAUCAGUUCCAGAGCAUCCAUGUGAUCAACAGAGCCCAGCUCGUGGAGGAUGUCCUGUACUUCGCCUGGACAGGAGAACAGGACUACGGAACCGCUCUGCAAGUGACCAACUAUCUGCAGAGGGAGCGAGAUAUUAUUCCUUGGAAAUCGGCCUUGGACAACUUGAAGUUGCUGAACCGCAUCCUGCGACAAACCCCCAACUUUGGGCUAUUUAAAGGCUACAUGAAGAAGCUCCUUACCCCGAUCUAUGAGCACCUGAACGGCACGAACGACACGUUCAGUUCGAUGCAGCAGAAUGAGGUCCUUCUGAAGACACUGGUGGUCAACGUGGCGUGUCAGUACCACGUUUCCGAUUGCGUGCCCCAGGCACAGUCCUACUUCCGCAGAUGGCGAUCCGAGCCCGAUCCUGACGAGAACAACCCGGUUCCACCAAACCUUCGCAGCACCGUGUACUGCACGGCAAUAAGAGAGGGCACCGAAGAGGAUUGGGACUUCCUGUGGACGCGGUUCAGGAGGUCGAAUGUGGGCUCCGAGAGGCAGACCAUCUUGAGCACCCUGGGCUGUUCCAAGGAAGUAUGGAUCUUACAACGUUACUUGGAGAGGGCCUUCGAUCCCAAGGGAGACAUUCGGAGGCAGGAUUCUUUGCUGAGCUUCCAGGCGGUGGCCUUCGGACAAGUGGGCUUCCUGCUGGCCAAGCAGUACCUGCUGGAAAAUGUUGAGCUCAUCCACAAGUACUAUUAUCCGCAGACAAGAGCCAUGUCCAGUCUGUUGCUUCCAUUUUCCGAGCAAGUUAGUACAAUGAGUGAUCUGAACAAGUUCAGGUCCUUUGCCAACGAUUGCCGUCAAUUGCUGAAGGGCAUUCGUCAGGCGAUGCAGCAGAGCUUGGAGACGAUGCUCACCAAUGUGCAGUGGAUGGAUCGGAACUAUCAUCAGUUCUCCCGGACCAUACAGCACCAUUUGCAAUGAUCACUUUGAGAAAAUUGCCGGAAAAGCACAGGAAUGAGCUUAGUGCCUCUAAAUAGCCCACUUAAUGUUAUAGUAUUAUAAUGAUUGAAAAUACAAAACAAGAGGAACGCUUUAGCUGCGUUUCUCGAAUUUUAAA